GGAUAUUGUCGAUGUUCCGAGUAUAGGGACAUCAGAUUUUAUUUCUAAUAUUCCAACUAAGGUAACUGAAAAGUCUGCACUUAAAUCUGUAAACUGCAAUAAAGAAUUUCCUAAUACUAAGUCGAAUGAAACUAAGAAAAUGACCACUGUAAAUUUUGAAAAAUCCAAGCCUGAACCAAAAUACACAAAGAUUUUAUCGAAGGAUUCGAUAAGAACAAAUAACUUCACAAAAUUAUCAGAUGAGUUGAUAACCAAUAAUUCGGCAGUGGAGCUACCACGUCUACUAUUAUUAAGUGAGCCGGUAUCCACAACAAGCACAACUUCGUUAACUACAAUGGAACAAGUAAAUAAGCUGCGUAUUAAUGUCGCAUCACUUCUAUCUAGUAUUAUUAAGAAUCAGACAAAAGAAGAAAAAGGUCAGAAUAAAGAUAAAAAGAAUCUGAGUGGUCCAACGAUAAUCACGACGUUGGAAACUGUAUCUUCACGAGCCAGAGCCUUGAAUGUAUCUGCAGCCGAGUCAACAAAUGCCCUUCAUUGUAACCUCACGGAUCUUAGUGACAUCAGCAUGAACGAUGAAGAGAAAGAAGUCGAAGAUGAAGAAGACAUAGUAGCACACAAAAAUACAUCAAUCAAUAUGACAUUAGUCCAUCCACUGUUGGUAUCUGCAAUUAUGUGUAAAGAUGGUAAUAAAACCUACUCUGUAGGAGAAAAGAUUAUCAGAAAGUGUGAAGAACAAUGUUUAUGUGAAAAAGGAGGAAAUAUUACCAAUUGUGAGCCUAUAUGUCAAUCACCAUAUGUUAAAUCUAAUAAAAAAAAUAAUGACCCUUUUUGUGACGCUCGAGAUUUAGCAGAAAAUCCAUGUUGCGCUAUCUUAGUUUGCUCUGAUUCAGUGCCUGAACCUGAAGAAACUUGUAUUUUUGGAAAUAGUACAAUAACACGAGGGCAACGAUAUGAAGAUGGAUGUUUAAGAACUUGUAUUUGUGAAGCAGGAGGACAUCUUAAUUGUCAGUCAAGAUGUCCUCCAAAUGAUACGUCAGAUAUAAAUCAGCAUGAUCGAUGUGUUGUUUUACAAGAUCCCAGCGAUGCCUGUUGUACAAUUACAUUGUGCGAUGUUACAUUGGGUGACCAUGAAAUAAAACCUGAAAGCCCAGCAGAUUUAUUUGUGAAGUUAAUUGAUGUUAAGAUUCUCAAUUCAACAGCCAUUAAAUUAAAGUUGUCUUCGAAAUUGCCUAAUGAAAUAACUAUUGAACUUUCAGAAAACAAUCAUGUUUGGAAACAAGUUACGCCUACUAAAGACGGAAUAAUUUCGAACCUGCAACCAGCACAUGGGUAUUAUAUCCGUGUUGUUGAAGGCUCACGAAUAGGACCGGCUAUUCAUGUAUCACUUCUUACCGAAGUCAUUAAAACGAGUGUCACAAAGCAAAAUGAGAAAGACGUUUGUAAUCAUCGAGGCAAAACCUAUAAAAUUGGUGCAGAAUGGUACGACGAAUGUAUAGCUGUUUGUUUUUGUAAUGAAACUGCUCAGAUUGAGUGUGCUACAAUUGAGUGUCCCACAGAUUUUGGGCUAGAUGUACUAGAUCCUCAUUGCCUUGAUUGGGAAACAGUGCCACCUAAUCAUGUAGCAAAAGCUCCGAACUGUUGUCCUCAAGAAGUGCGAUGUAAAAAUAAUGGGUCAUGUGCAUAUGGAGGAAAAACUUAUGAUAAUUGGUCUAAAAUUCCAAUGAAUAUCAGUGGUUGUGAAAAAGAAUGUUUCUGCGGAUUCGGAAAUGUUACGUGUAAUCAAAUUUGUCCACCAGUUUUGCAACAGCCACCUCAUACUCUUAAUUGUAAACCACACGAAGCAGUUCUUACGAAGUUACCUAAUGAUGAAUGUUGCUUGCAUUGGUCUUGUUUACAAAAUGGAUCAAUUUUGCCAGGGAAGAAUUCGUCGGCCUUUAUUUACCCAGGUCCUAUAGCAAUAGAUGCUACUGAAAAACGACCGAAUGAUAAAUCAGAAAGUAAAAUACUAAUCGAGAAGCAACUUCAUAGUUCGUCGUUUUUAAAGCCUACACAAUUUGGUGACACUAACCCACCUCUGUAUAAUGUAUCCCCUAAUUCUGACAUUGUGCAUUAUCCUAUGGACCCAGGCCACCCCGCCAUACCGUACAUGGGUCCUUAUAAUCCUGACUUUAAACCUACUCAACCAAGUGUAGGAGAACUCUUUCAUUUAACUGAAAAUUUUGAAAAAACACCUAUUAAAGAAAAAAUUAAAUCUAAAUCUGAUUCAAAGAAACCCGUGAAUACAAUUAAAAUUCUUAAAGAAAAUAUUGAUCAAUUUCCAGGUCCUCUACCUGCUAAUCAUUUUUUUGAAAACAUUUAUUCAUCUAAUAAGUCAACCUUAUCUUCUCCGCCCAUAUCUAUGUCUCAAAGUCCCAAUAAACUACCAGAAUUAAAUAAAGGCAAUCCUCUUUCUGAUCAUAUAGAGCAACCGCAUUUCAUACCGUUAAAUGUACAUGAUCAUACAUCUGUAUCUACUUUUGAUUUUACACCAAGCAAUGGUGAAAAUAUCCCAUCAGUACAUUUUGGUGUUCAAUUAGAAAACUCAGCUGCCGGUCCACCGUACGGUGAUUUAAUCGGAUUACGCCCCGAACUUCUUGAUCCGAAUAACGUCGUUUCUUCAGUGUCUAAAAAAAAAAUAUCCAACCCUAACACAUAUACAAAUGAAAAAAGCGAACAUUCGGUAGUUCAAGUUUCAAAACAUCCUGAUACUCCUCCACAAAAUCCUAACCCACCAACCAUACACGAUGAGCUAUAUCACUUAAUAAAUCUUCAACAUUCUGAUGUGGUCCAAUCAGAUUAUGGUUCUACUAACAGUCAUUCAGAUCUUUAUGGUAUUCACAAAAAAAUAAUGGGUACUGAUAAGCUAUCAGUAUCUCAAGCACGACCAAUUUACUUUGGUUUAAAUGCUAUACCUCCCAAGAAAAGCGAAGCUCAUGGAAAACCACAAAUCUUUACUCAGAAGGAUGAAAACGGACAGAUGACUUACCAUGUACAUGCGGCUGACGUGCCAAACUCGCCUCAACAGCUAGAAGAGCUACUAGCUCACAUAGCUAAGCAUGACCCCAGUAAUAAUCCCUAUCAACAACAUUAUCCCGUACAUCAAGAGAGUAUGCACUUGCAGGGGCCACCACCAUCUCUGACAGCUCACAACAUCGACUCUUUACAAAUUCAGCAAGGCGCGACUGACUUAACACCGCAUAUCGACUCACACGACUACGUUGCGCGAGCACCGCCCGGCUCUGGCCAGCCAGGAUUUGGACAGGGAAUAUCACAAUUCUCUGGAAUUUUAAGCCACGGUAGUUCAAAUUUACCAAGUCAACAAACAUAUGAGAUAUCCAUUGAAGAUUUACGUGCAAUCAGCGGAAAUAGUGUCCGUUUGAUAUUUACUGUGCCAUCGAUUUUAAUUGGACUUCAUGGCCGGGUUGAAGUUCAUUACACUAGUGAUAAAUCAAAUAUGGAUCCAUCGACUUGGAAAUCACAAAUUUUUGCACCUCCUGGAGAUCUCAUUGAUACCGAAGACUUGGAGUUUGACUUAAGUGGAUUAAAACCAUCAACGGUGUACCGAUUAAUGAUUGCAGUAAAAUUACGUGAUUUAUCAAAUAUUCAUAUUAGCAAAAUCUAUGAAGUUCGCACUCUUGAUAAACAGACGCUAAGUUCAUUACCAGCAGAUAUUAACAUCGAUUCUGAGCUUGCAGUAUUACAGGUGAAUUCUACUUUUGCAGAAUUUGAAUGGAAGAAAUUCUCAAAUUACGAAUUACAAUUUAUCGAUGGAAUUUAUCUAAUGUACAAGGCAUACAAUGAAAAAACUUAUUCAAUAACUCCAUUACUACAUAGAAGUGUUAAUCAUUAUAUACUUAAUCAUUUAAGACCUUUAACAGCGUAUGAAGUUCAUCUUAGUACUAAGGACAUAAUUGGACAAACUAAUGUAUUUAUUAAUAGUAAAACGGUGAAUUUCACAACUACACACGAAAACGAUCCCUAUUUGUUUGACGUGAAAGUUGAAAUUAAAGCAAUUAAACCAACACACGUUGAAAUUUCUUGGAACGGUAUACCUAUACCGCAAGACAAAUAUGUCAACAUCUACAGAGCAGUGUACCAAAGCGAUAGUGGAAAAGAAGACACCAGCACGUUCAAGAUCGCAAAAAAAGAUGCACCAGCAAAGACAAUUAUAAGCGAUUUAAAACCAGGAACUCGAUAUCGUCUUUGGAUAGAGGUUUACUUAACUAAUGGGAAAAUAAAAAAAAGUAAUGUUCAGGACUUUGUUACUAAGCCUGGAAUUCUAUUACCAUCCGAUGUUUCGCAACAAGGAAAAUUUGCAUCGAUAUCUCUACACGAAGGUGAUUACUAUGGACCUUUAGUUAUAGUUGCUAUAGUAGCAUCAUUAGCCAUAUUAUCAACUCUGAUACUUCUAAUGAUGUUAAUGAAAAAAAGAACUAGCAGCAAAGCUGAUAUAUCGCCUCGAAAAACUACAUCAGAUUACGACAAUCCUUCCUACAAAGUAGAAUUACAACAAGAAACAAUGGGUAAUUUAGUGCUUUUGAUUUUUUCAAAUAACCUGUGA